GUGAGAAGUGAAAAAGACCGGCAUUACUAUGUUGCCGGUGGUUGUCUUGUUGUGGUUAAGGUUAGAUAUACAGAGGUAUAUAUAGAGAGAGAGUGGUGAAUGGAGAUUACGGAAGAUAAUUAGUUGGGGAAAUUAGCGUACGAUUUGGCUAAGUAUAAGAAGAGCUAAGAGCUAAGAGAAGAAGAAAGCAUGGAGUUUGAGGAUCAAGAGGAGCAGAAGGGAGAAGAAGGAGAUAUAGAGAUGGGGGCGAGUUAUGACUCGCUGGGGAACUCGAAGCCAACUCAGCCGAAAAUGGCGUCCAUGAGCCCCGGCGGCGGCGGCGGAGUGAUGGCGCCACUUCAGAUGAGGAAGCCGCGGUACAGGGAGUGCCUGAGGAACCACGCGGUGGGGAUCGGCGGGCACGCGGUGGACGGUUGCGGCGAGUUCAUGGCCGCCGGGGAGGACGGCAGCGUCGACGCCCUCAAAUGCGCCGCCUGUAACUGCCACCGCAAUUUCCACCGCAAGGAGACGGAAACCGCCGCCGCCGCCACCGCCCUAGUCCACUUCGGCUACCACCCCCACCCAACCGGGUACCUCCACCACCACCUCCCUCCGCCCCAGCACCGCCCUCUCGCGCUUCCCUCCACCUCCGGCGGCGGCGCCGCCGCUUACAGAGAAGAAAUGAUGGAUGACAUGGACUUAUCGAACCCGAACAGCGGCGGCGCGUCGAAGAAACGGUUCAGAACAAAGUUCAGCCAGGAGCAAAAGGACAAAAUGUUCGAGCUGGCGGAGAAGCUGGAGUGGCGGAUUCAGAAGCAAGACGAGGCGGCGGUGCAGCAGCUCUGCAACGAUUACGGCAUUAGAAGGCACGUUUUCAAGGUCUGGAUGCACAACAACAAGCACACCCUCGGUAAAAAACCUUAAAAAAUCCAAAAAACAAAAAACAUGGAGAUCGAAGAUGAUGAACACCCUGACAAUUUAUCUCCACUUUUAGGGCAUUCCAUGAUAAAAAUCUGUGCUUUUUCUGGGGAACUUAGUGGUGAAAAUCAUUAGAUUAGGCCAAAAACUAGGGCUUUUUUUUUCUUCUUCUUCUUUUUCUUGCCAGCUGACUCCAUGAAUGGAAGAUGAUGAUGAUGACUAGUAGUAGCAGUAGUAGCAUUAAUUUCUAUGGAGUUCUUCUUGUCUCUGAAAUGGAGUAAUAUUGUGGGUGCAUGUUAAGAUGAAGUUAUGUUAAGGCUGGCUGUAUUGCAUGUACCCUUAUGACAUAUUCCUUUUUCUGGGUUUUCUGAAACUAGCCCUCUUGAUGUGGCUCUA